AUGGCAGGAUACUCCUGGCCACGGCUUGUAAUUUCGCUUCCUGCGUCUCAUUUUUCAUAUUUCAGCGCUUUGAGUGCCAUUUGGCAAACUGCAAAGCUGGAAACGGCAAAAGGCGACUGGCCAACAAGGUAAACAGACAAUUUCUCAAGCGACUAAUGCCCUGACUUAUUGUUGAACUUGGGGAAAGGGCUUGGAGUGGGUGAGUGUGGGACAUGUUCUUGUGCCAACGGACAGACCUCGAAGUGGGUGCUGGAGGGGGAGCUUCCCCAUAAUGAUUAUAAAGUGCCGUAUUUAGCGGGAGAAUUCACCUAA